GCUGCUGGGAAGCUGCUGGUGGUGCCGCUGGAUGGGAGUCAUUGGCUCAGCAUGCGGGAGGUGUUGGACAGUCUCAAGCAGAAGGGACAUGAAAUCGUCGUCGUUGCACCUGAAGUCAGUAUGCACAUAAAGCCAACGAAGAAUUUUGUUAUGAAAAUGUUCCCAGUCCCUUUCACACAGGAAGAGAUGGAUGAACAUUUCAAAGAAUUUUCACAUGAGGUACUUCAAGGAGGAUCUUUUUUGGAAAGAGUUGUUAGAAAGUAUCAACGGUUAAAACAAUCCACUGCGAUGUUCCUGUCUACCUGUGCACACUUACUGCACAACAAAGAGCUCGUCAGGUAUCUUGAGGAGAGCAAGUUUGAUGCGGUGUUCACAGAUCCAAUACUACCUUGUGGGCAGAUACUUGCUGAGCAUCUUUCACUCCCUUCCGUCGUUUUUGUGCAGCAAAUACCAUGUGGUAUAGAAUUUGAAGCCACUCAGUGUCCCCAUCCCCCUUCUUAUGUCCCCAGGCUAUUUACAGACUAUACAGACCACAUGAACUUUUUCCAGCGGGCGAACAACUUAAUCGUGGACAUGUUAAAUUAUUUUCUCUGUGAGUUUGUUUUUCAACCAUACACAAAACUGGCUUCUGAGUUCCUUCAGCGGGAUGUGACGGUGCUCGACGUCUUACGCAAGGCUUCCAUAUGGCUCCUGAAGAUAGACUUUGUUUUACACUAUCCGAGACCAUUGAUGCCCAACAUGAUUAUGGUUAGUGGAGUAAACUGUGCUUACAAGAAGCUAACUCAG